AUGCAAAAUGACAAUGCAUCGUACGGCAGUGCGAGUGAUUUACUGGACAGCCAUGUACUGGGGAACGACAAGCUUGUGGAACCAACGAUGGAGAGAUCCCGGAGGUCCAGUCUUGACGCUAAUAGUGUGGACAUUGGUGAAAUAACGGAGUCACCCGAUACGGAACACAUGAGCACUUCCGCUAUAUUACAUUAUUGUAAAUCAAAGAUAUUAUUGCCAUAUUUAAAGUUAUUAACAAUUAUGGGGUUGCGUCCAGUACUAGAUGUAUCAAACUCUUCUAAAUGCGCAAUAUGCUGCUCCCACUUCCACUCAUUACAAGUUGCGAUACUAAUGUUCUUAGGAUACUUACUUCAAUACAUGGCUUGUUUCAGGCGAGACAGGGGAUUUUGCUACAAAUUAGUGCCAUUGGCGUUAACAUCCUCACUAGAAUAUGACACUUAUAAACAAGUCUGUUAUGGAAAUGUGAUUUUCACCUAUAUUGGACCCAGUAUACUUCAUUUUGUGGGAUUUUUAUAUUCUUUGUACUUAUUUAGAAUAUCUGAUAAUGAACAACUACAAAAUCUAAUGGAAAGAAACCAACCCCGUGGACGGCUGGAGACCAAAGUGGAAAAUGAAGAAUUAAAGGCUAUUGUGGAAAAACAAAGCGAAGCACAAAGCACUUCAGAGAUAGCUGCAGGCUUCGGUGUGUUUCUGCUUUCAUCGUACGCUCCCCAGGGAAUGCCAACAAGCAAACCAAAGAGACUUUUACGCAUGUUGUGGUUCUUCAUAUUACUUAGCGUUCUGUGGAUGUGCCUAUCUUUGUGUUCUGUUAAUCUUAUGCUAGCCAAAGGAAAUAUCAUUUUCCGGUGGAUGGAAACCAGCUCAUAUGAAGUAAAACUUGUGCUAAAAGUUUUGUUAAUCAUAUGCACAUUAAUUCACGAUAUGGUCCAAGCUACUAUUAUUGCAAGUUAUUGCCUACAAGCGCAGUUGUUGCAAGCCCAUUUAAUGUUUUUAAAAGAGCGAUUGCUUAAUCGUACUAUAACGCCUUUGCACUGGAUGAGAGAAAUUUCUGAAUUUCGAAAACUACUUAAGUAUUUGAACGACGACUUGGCUCCAGCAGUUUGCUUGUUUACCAUAGUAAACAUUUCUUGGGCUACAUCAGGUGUCAUGUGGCUUUUAAACUUGGAUAAAGUGGAUACGGAGACAGAACCAAUUAUUGGCAUCAGCGUACUUAAUGAAUUUAUAUGGAUGUCAGCAGUUGUCGUACCAUUUGUACAGGCUGCUCGCUUAUCAGACGAAUGCAGGAAGACGCAAUCAGUCGGCCAUGAAUUGUGUGUUCGUCCAUUUCUCCACCAGGAUACGUCGCAAGAGGAUAUCAGCACAGUGCUUAUGUAUGCCUCUACGCUACAGAUGCACGCUAAACUGUUCCACUGCCCCAUCGCAGGCCGAUAUCUGUGUCUCGUGCUCACAAUAACAGUCAUCGUACUAUUCUCUUUAGGAAUGUGUCACUACUUACAAUGA